AUGGGGCAGAAGUUUGUGGAGAGCCUGUCCUCGUUCCUCUUUGAAUAUGACACUCCCCGGAUGGUCCUGGUGCGCAAUAAAAAGGUGGGACUCACCUUUCGGCUGAUCCAGCUGGUGGUCCUGGCUUACAUUAUAGGGUGGGUUUUCCUCUAUGAGAAAGGCUACCAGUCCCGGGACGGAGUCAUCAGCUCUAUCUCUGUGAAGCUCAAAGGGCUGGCUCUUACCAAUGUCAGCGGUUUGGGCCCCCACAUCUGGGAUGGCACCGAUUAUGUUUUCCCACCUCAGGGAGACAGCUCCUUUGUGGUAAUGACCAAUUUCAUCAUCACUCAAGGGCAGAAGCAGGGACGGUGCCCCGGGAAUCCCGACACGGGGAAAUGUGUUGAAGACCGUAAUUGUACUGAGGGGAAGUACCCUCGUGGAGGUCAAGGUAUCAUGACUGGGAAGUGUGUGAACUUUGACAGCACAAAUAAGACCUGUGAAAUCUUUGGCUGGUGCCCAGUAGAGAUUGACGACAUUGUUCCUAACCCACCUCUGCUCCUCGAAGCAGAAAACUUCACCAUAUUUAUCAAGAACAGUAUUACUUUCCCCAGGUUUAAAGUCUCCAGACGCAACCUUGUGGAGAGAGUCACCAAGCACUACCUCAAGAGCUGCACCUACCACAAAGUCCGAGAUCCGUUGUGCCCCGUGUUCGAACUGGGAUAUAUCGUGGAGGAGUCCGGACAGAAGUUUUCUACUUUGGCUCAGAAGGGUGGGGUCGUUAGCAUCACUAUCAGCUGGGACUGUGACCUGGACUGGCCCGUGAAGCACUGCAUCCCCAUUUACAACUUCCAUGGACUGUAUAAUGAUGAUAACCUCUCUCCUGGCUUCAACUUCAGAUAUGCCAAAUAUUACCGAGAGAAUGGGAGUGACGUAAGGACCCUGUACAAGGUGUUUGGAAUCCGCUUUGAUAUUCUGGUCAAUGGAAAGGCUGGGAAAUUUGACAUUAUCCCAACGAUGACCACCAUAGGCUCCGGGAUUGGCAUCUUUGGAGUGGCUUCCGUCCUCUGCGACCUGCUCCUGCUGCACUUCCUGUCCAAGCGGGACUAUUACAAGCAGAAGAAGUUCAAGUAUGCGGAGCAGGACUCCCUCAAGCCGGUCAGUGGGCAGCCCCUCCCCCAGACUUCCCAGGAUGAUCUUCAGCAAAGAUGA